AUGCACAUUUCCACCAUCACCAUCAAGUUCAAAUCAACUGGAGAUCUUAAGGAUCAGCCUGGAAAAGGAUGUGUGUCUAUACCACGCACAGAACAUGCAAAGCAGUUUGCAUCCAGGUGUCAAGAGCCAGUGGAUCCGAAACAGCUGCUGUACGUGCAACAGCGAGAGUUUGCAGCCACCACACCAGCCGACAAUUCUGUCUCUGUUCUGGGGUCUGAUGAUGCCACAACAUGCCACUUAGUUGUGCUUCGACACACGGGCAGCGGAGCAACGUGUCUUGCACACUGUGAUGGCUCCAGCACAUGGACUGAAGUUCCUCUUAUAGUCAAUGCUGUCACUUCUAGAAGUAAUCUUGCUAAAGAGGGCAGACUGAGCUGCAUCUUGUUGGGUGAUGACAGAAAAACGUCUCACUCACUCAGCCUUAAUAUAUUGGGUGGGGCAGGCGUGAUGGGAAGAGCCAUGGGCACGUGGAAGGUCACCACUGCGGGAGGUGAGGGUUCAGUAAUAGAUAUGAAUGAUGUCAUCAAAGGGGGCAUUCAUCUCCCACUGUUGUAUGGAAUAGGUGUGCAUGUAAAAUCUGGUUACGUGUUUCCAGCUUCAUUUAUAUUCCGAGGUCCAGUGGAGGAGCUUCGUUCUGCACGCACCUUCUCUGGUGGACAGAUGGUUGAAGUGUACGAUUCUAGCCGAGAGCUUGUGAAAAUUGGCCCGUGCAGAUGGACCCAGAGUGAUGACAUGGCCUUCUGGCUCUCACAAGAUGAUGAAAUUAUUUUACAAUACUUGUCCACCUCCCCGUAUGCAGAACCUCCUCACUUCAUCCAACACAUCAAAUCCACCGUUCAGUUCCUUUUGGAUCAUCUGACCUCUGACGGUCUGUUUCCUGGUGGACAGCCGCAUUUUUACCGCCGGACUGAAGAGGGCAAGUGGAAGAGAAUUUAUCAGCAGUAGUUCAAACACUGGAGCCUCUGAUGUCUGUAACCCACUGAAUUUCAACUCAAGGCCUUUGGACAUCUGCCAUUUAAUGUAGAAGCCCCUUUAUACUGAUCUGAAACCUGUUGUGCCAUUUCUCUUGAAAGAGUUAAGAUUGGGAUUAAAGCGCUACAGGUUAGGUUAGUAGGUAGUAGGUUAAUUUUAAAUAGAGUGAAAUAUCUAAUGAUGAUUUUAUUACCUGCUGGCCCUUACACACAAAUAUGAGACUUUUCUGUUGACAGUUUUAUUUUUUAUAUUUUGUUAUUUGUUAUGGGUGUGGAUGCAAAUGUGUUCAUUUACACAGGGAUCAUAAAACAACUCAUCUGCUUUCAGCACAUUUGUGGGAAUCUGUAAAUAUACUGUAGUGUGUUGUUCUUUGCUCAUUGACAUAUGAUCAUUGAAAUAUUUUUGCCAAUUGAAACAUGGUAUCCUUUUAUAUUGAUACUUUUAUUUUGUAACUAUAUAUACAGUAUAUAUAUAUAUAUU